AUGAAGCCUACUACGAUCGAUCAACAAAUGGGGGAUUUGUCGUCAUACCGUGUCACCUCUGCGCCAGCCUUUGAGAGAGUUGGACUUGACUUUGUAGGUCCAAUCUACGUGAAGCAACAUGGACGGAAAGCCACUUCAAUAAAAGGUUACAUAUGUGUCUUUGUAUGCAUGGUCACGAAGGCCAUGCAUCUGGAAGCAGUGGAAGAUUGGUCAGCAGAUUCAUUCCUGGCCACAUUUCAGCGCUUCGUAUCCCGGCGAGGCUUUCCGAAGGAAGUGUUCAGCGACAAUGGAACAAAUUUCAUCGGUGCACGAUCAGUUUUGCGGGAUCUGUAUCUACUCUUCAAAAAGGAAGCUAGCCAGAACAAGAUCUUCGAGUACUGUCAAGCGAAGCAGAUUGACUGGAGAACGAUACCCCCAAAUGCACCACACUUUGGUGGAGUUUGGGAAGCUGGAGUGGAAAGCGUGAAGACAGUACUGAAGAAAGUGUAUCAAUCCACUUCAUUGAAACUUUUCAGACUUUCCACCCUGUUAUGCCAGAUUGAAGCAAUAGUGAAUUCGAGACCAUUGUAUUCCUUAUCAAGCGACCCAAAGGAACCGGAAGUGCUAACUCCUGGACAUUUCAUCAUAAACCGUCCACUUUUGGCUAUUCCCUAA